CCCCUUGUCCCUCAGCCCCGCGUCGCCUGGCCUCAGAGCAGAGCAGGCAGCGGGCGGUUCUCGUAUCUUUCGGUGACCGCCGCUGAGGCCUGCCGCAGCUGGGCUCGGGCCCUUUUGUCGAGCCACCAUGUCGCAGAGCGGGGAGGAGAACCUGCAGGGCUCCUGGGUAGAACUGCACUUUAGCAAUGGGAACGGGAGCAGUGUUCCAGCCUCCGUCUCUAUUUAUAAUGGUGACAUGGAAAAAAUACUGCUGGAUGCCCAGCAUGAAUCUGGACGAAGUAGCUCCAAGAGUUCGCACUGUGACAGCCCACCUCGCUCCCAGACACCACAAGAUAUCAACAGAGCUGAAACAGACAGCCACAGCUUUGGAGAGAAAAACAGCACUCUGUCUGAGGAAGAUUAUAUUGAGAGAAGAAGAGAAGUUGAAAGCAUCUUGAAGAAAAACUCAGAUUGGAUAUGGGAUUGGUCAAGCCGGCCAGAAAAUAUUCCCCCCAAGGAGUUCCUGUUUAAACACCCCAAGCGCACAACUACUCUCAGCAUGAGAAACACCAGCGUUAUGAAGAAAGGGGGUAUUUUCUCAGCAGACUUUCUGAAGGUUUUUCUUCCGUCUCUGUUGCUGUCUCAUCUGCUGGCCAUUGGAUUGGGGAUCUACAUUGGAAGACGCCUGACAACUUCCACCAGCACCUUUUGACAGAAGAAUUGGAUCUGACUUUGUUCACACAGUGAGGAUUCAUGUCUAAACUGUGACAGAUAACUGAAGAGCUAGCAUGAUCCUUGGGUGUCUGCACUACAUGUGUUUAUUUGUUCUGUAAAUGCAGUGUUCCUGAUUUAGUGAGACAAUAGACUCUAAUAUCAUGACCUAUAAUUAUACCUAUGGGAUCAAUUAAUAAGCAUGUCAGACUGAUGCCUACUGUAGCAUUUAUUAGUAUAUUUUCUUUGAAUAUUAGACAUAAAUAGUAUAAAUAAUUUUAAUAUACUAGCAAUGGUGUAUUUAAAAAUGAUCUAUAAUUGUAAUCUACUUAAGACACUUUACACUUCAAAAGAAUGAGUAAGUGAUAUCAAAAUCAUUACAGGGUUUGUCCCAAAAGAAUAUUGUGGCCUUAUAAUCCUAUUGCAUAGUAGAAAUUGCUACGUGGUUAAUUAAAUGGGUGCGGGUUAUCUGUAAAGGUCUCUUACUAUGUGAAUUAAGUAGCAAGUAGAAGCUAAGGUUACUCACAAACCCUACUGUGCAGUCGUCCCCACCUCUUCUUGCUUUGUAGGAUGAGGAUCCAGCCUCAUUGUAUGCCAUUACUGCCUUGGGCAGUCAGUUUUGUUGCAAGCACCUUCAUCACUCUGCUAGAUUUAAUCCCACUGUUGUACUUAAAUUUUGUGUGCUUUUAAAAUCAGCUGUAUUGUAAGCAGAUCUGUCUACUUUAAAAGACUAGAAAUGAAAAGAAAAUAAAUCUUUGCCAAAUCCUUUGGAGAUUAUUGGAUUUGCAUAUGGGUUGAUCCGUACCCAGAGAUUCUGUCAAUUCAGGCUUUGCCCAGUCUUCCUCUUUUCUAUAGCAUGUUCUUAAAGGCUGCCUCCUUGACAUGCUGUAUAUAUCCUAUUGUAUUUGUUUCAUUGUCCCACACUUACUCAGGUGAGUUCAAAUAAAAGUAACAUUUUAACAGUC